AUGCAUAUGUUGGACUUUUGGUCCAAUCAGCUAGAUCCACUCUCGUCAACUUUUCUGAUAGUAAAACUGGAAGACGAUUAUUUUCGCAUCCCAAAGUCAUUGAGCGUGUUUAUGAUGAAAGAACCUCCGCCUAGCGAAGAAAAUAAUUUUAAAGCUGAAUCUAAAGAAGAUGAAGUAAAAACAGAGAAGGGUAAUCCUGAAGAGAAAGAUCAAGAACGCGUUAAGACUAGAAAGAAAAAUAAGAUAGUCGUCGAGGAUUUGGAUGAUUUGGACGAUUUGGAUGACACUCCUUUGGACUUUAGGAAACGGCGUAAAGAUGAACUCUCGAAAACGCGAUCCGGUAAACACACGACUAGUCCAAAGAAAAAGUCGCAUAUAUGCCAGAUUUGUUAUAUUACGUUCGACCGCAAGAGCAAGCUCACCAGUCAUAUGUUCAAACAUAGCAAUUCCCGUCCGCACAAAUGCACGAUCUGUUCCAAGGGCUUCAAGACCAGUGCGUAUCUUUCUAGGCAUAUGGAAAUCCACGACGAGCCCGCGCAGCUUCACGCGUGUACUCUGUGCGAAUUUAAGGCGCGUACGAAACCGUAUUUGAAGAUACAUUACAUUCGCAAGCACACCGAGGACUACAACUACAGCUGCGAACAAUGCGGCAAGAUGUUCAAGGUACAAUCCGACUAUACAACGCAUAUGAAAGAUCACGAUACAGAAUCCUGCGUUUGUGACAUAUGCGGCACGUCUUAUCCCAGCAAGAGUUCUUUGUACUUCCACAAGCAUUACAAGCACAAGACGAAGAUUAAGGAAUUUGAGUGCCAAGUUUGCAGAAAGCGCUUCAAGACCCAGAAAAAUCUUGACAGUCACGCUGAGCUGCAUAAAAUGAAGUACGUCUGCGAGCAGUGUGGUAUGGAGUUCAAGUUCAAAUAUGGUCUCACAAAGCACCUCAGAACGCACUCGGGAGAAAAGUCGUAUCUCUGUGCAAUAUGCGGCAAAACCUUUGGCUGUCUCAGUUCACAAAAGAUUCAUCUGUUGACUCACGUUGGCGAGCGACCUUACGUUUGCGACAUUUGCGGUCAGAGCUUCACUCAGCGAUCGCCAAUGAUGUUGCAUCGUAAAAAGCAUCCUGGCGUACAUCCACCGCCUCCACCUAUUAAAAUUACGAAUCUCCUGCACGGCGUGCAAGACAAAAUUGUUGUAAAUAAAAGUGCCAAGUGA